CAUAGACCGUAUUCUUCCCAAGCUUUCUGGAAGGACGAAGUCAGGGUGGACGAUACCAGACUGGCAAACUAAAUUAUACAUAAUAACACGUUAUAUAUCCUGAGUAGUUGUAGGCUAGGUUCUGUAUUUAUUUAUAGUCAUUCAAAUAUUGCCUACACGUGUGCUCGAGAUAUGUAGGCUGGCUAACAUAUCCCAGGCUUUGAAUUGAACUUGCUGGUGAUGAUGCUCGUGGAUCAUGACUGUUCUGGGACUGAUGUUCGGUUGGUUCGUCAGCUCAACAAGGGUAUGAGGAUUCAACCAGGGAUAUGCAACGGGGGGACCGAGCAGCAACGGGCAUGUAAAACUGGAGACGUCAAUGAACAUAUUGUUUGUCUGCAAUCUCAGGAUGAAACGGGACGGGUGUGUCCUGGAAGCCCAGCACUGGCAACAGACACGCGGCUAUCCUCCUGUUCCACAGCAGACCGUGAACCAAGCAGUGGCAGUUACAACGUCUCCACUGGAACGGGAACCUUUUACAGCUGCGUCAGUCAGAUCACCAUCGGGUUUGAUCUCGGGGGCCAAGUGGCCAUUGGUAUCUCUCAUUGGAACAGCCCAUUCCCUCCCAGAGGUCACCCCCUGUGUGACAGUCCUGAUGGGGUUCGCUCCGAGGCCUCCGCUGCCGCAGCCCCGCAACUCCCUGAGUACCAAGAGCCAGUGUCCUGUCCUGCCUCCCUGUCAAUCAACCCUAUAUCAUCCCACUGCAGCGCCAGCCAGGAGACCAUCAGCGAUAGCAGCACAAGUGUGAGUAUCUCUCUACAUGGGGCUGAGCUCCAGUGGCAGAGCCCCCACAGACGCAGAGUUCUGCGGGCCCCGGCCCCUGGGGUUGAGGCUGCGGAUUUCUCCUUCCCCCCCAACAGGUCACCAGUCAGAAUGGAGGUGUCCUUGGCUGGGGCUCCUGAUUCCCCCAGCACACAGGACAACGUGCCACCCCACGUUUUGAAGGAUGUGAAGUUGUUAAUGGAGAGUUUGGAGGGGCUGAGCACUCCGUCCAAAGAUGGCGACUCAACCCUGCUUGACCCCGAGACCAGUAGCAUCCUGGACGACAACACCAGGACUGACCCGGCACCAGAGGUAGGGAGAAGUAGGUCCAGUGGCUUGUGCUUCAGCGAUGGCAAGUGCCACAUUGACUACAUCCUGGUUUACAGGAAGUCUGGUCCACAGUCGGAGAAGAGGGAAAUAUUUGAGCGCAACAUCCGGGCCGAGGGCUUGCAGAUGGAGAAGGAGUUGUCUGUGUGCAACAGUGAUGUGAUCUUCCUGAAGCUGCAUGCUCCCUGGGAGGUGCUGUGUCGCUACGCAGAGCUUAUGAACAUUCGGAUGCCGUUCAGGAGGAAAAUCUAUUACAUGCAUCGACGGUACAAGUUCAUGAGUAGGAUGGAGAAGAGAAUCAACAGAUUUCGAGGAUGGCUGCCUCGCAAACCCAUGAAGUUUGACAACAACACCCUCCCUGACCUGGAGGAGAACGAGAGCUUUACCGCCCCCUUCAGUCGCUCCAGAAUACAUCAUUUCACCAUUCACAACAAAGACACGUUCUUCAACAACGCCACCAGGAGUCGCAUCGUCCAUCAUAUCUUGCAAAGGGUCAAAUAUGAGGAGGGCAAAGACAAAAUGGGGCUGAAUCGUCUUUUGAGCAAUAGUUCAUACGAAGCAGCUUUUCCCCUUCAUGAGGGGAGCUACAGAAGUAAGAACUCCAUCCGGACACAUGGGGCAGAGAACCACAGACACUUGCUGUAUGAAUGCUGGGCCUGGUGGGGUGUGUGGUACAAGUACCAGCCACUGGACCUCAUAAGGCGAUACUUCGGGGAGAAAAUUGGUCUCUAUUUUGCCUGGCUGGGUUGGUACACUGGGAUGCUGUUCCCUGCGGCGCUGGUUGGGCUCAUGGUUUUUCUCUACGGCUGGUUCACCCUAGACCACUGCCAGGUCAGUAAAGAAAUCUGCCAGGCCACUGACAUCAUCAUGUGCCCCAUAUGUGACGAGUACUGCCCCUACCUGAGACUCUCAGACAGCUGCAUCUAUGCCAAGGUCACCCAUCUUUUUGACAACGGAGCAACAGUUUUCUUUGCUGUAUUCAUGGCUGUGUGGGCAACCGUGUUUCUCGAGUUCUGGAAGAGGCGGCGAGCGGUCCUUGCAUAUGACUGGGACCUAAUUGACUGGGAGGAAGAGGAGGAGGAAAUCCGUCCCCAGUUUGAGGCCAAAUAUUCAAAAAAGGAGAGGAUGAACCCCAUAUCUGGAAAGCCUGAGCCGUACCAGGCCUUUACAGACAAGUACAGCCGACUCAUCGUCUCAGCUUCUGGAAUCUUCUUUAUGAUCCUGGUGGUGAUCGCUGCCGUCUUCGGCAUCGUGAUUUACCGCGUGAUCACAGUCAGCACUUUUGCCGCCUUCGGCUGGGCUCUCAUCAGGAAUAACUCUCAGGUGGCCACCACCGGCACAGCCGUGUGCAUCAACUUCUGCAUCAUCAUGCUCCUCAAUGUGUUAUAUGAAAAAGUUGCCCUUCUGCUCACCAAUUUAGAGCAGCCGAGGACUGAGUCCGAGUGGGAGAACAGCUUCACCCUGAAGAUGUUCCUGUUUCAGUUUGUCAAUCUCAACAGCUCUACCUUCUACAUAGCUUUUUUUCUGGGCAGGUUCACUGGCCGGCCAGGAGCCUAUAUCCGCCUCAUUAACCGCUGGAAAUUGGAAGAGUGCCAUCCCAGUGGUUGUUUGAUAGAUCUCUGCAUGCAGAUGGGUAUCAUCAUGGUGCUCAAGCAGACCUGGAACAACUUCAUGGAGCUGGGCUACCCGCUGAUCCAGAACUGGUGGACACGGCGAAGGCUGAGGCAGGAGCACGGCCCCAACGCCAAGGCCAGCUUCCCGCAGUGGGAGAGGGACUACAACCUGCAGCCCAUGAAUGCCUACGGACUGUUUGACGAAUACUUGGAGAUGAUCUUACAGUUUGGCUUCACCACCAUAUUUGUGGCAGCUUUCCCCCUGGCCCCGCUCCUGGCCCUCCUCAACAACAUCAUCGAGAUCCGCCUGGACGCCUACAAGUUUGUCACCCAGUGGCGGAGACCCCUGCCCUCUCAAGCCAAAGACAUAGGGAUCUGGUACGGCAUCCUGGAGGGCAUCGGUAUCUUGUCCGUCAUCACCAACGCCUUUGUCAUCGCCGUCACCUCCGACUUCAUCCCACGCCUUGUCUACGCAUACAAGUACGGCCCGUGUGCCGGGCAGGGCCGGGCCGGGGAGAGGUGCAUGAUGGGAUAUGUAAACGCCAGUCUAUCGAUGUUCAGAGUGUCUGAUUUUGAGAACACUUCGGUGCCCAGGACAGAUGGAUCGGAUAUGUUUGGAGAAGCAGUGAAGUACUGCAGGUACCGUGACUACAGAGAGUCCCCGGACUCGCCCGGUGAACCAUACUCCUACACGCUACAGUUCUGGCAUGUCCUGGCCGCACGGCUGGCCUUCAUCAUAGUCUUCGAGCACAUGGUUUUCACCAUCAAGAACCUGAUCGCCUACCUGAUCCCAGACCUGCCCAAGGACCUGCGUGACCGCAUGCGGAGGGAGAAGUACCUGAUCCAGGAGAUGAUGUACGAGGCCGAGCUAGAGAGACUGCAGAAGGAGAAGAACGAGAAGAAGAAGAAUUACAGGGCCCAUCAUAACGCAUUGCCCUGAAUGCACAAGCAGGUCAUACUGGGGUCCAUUUUUGCUCGGUGGUGUUGUGAGUGGGAAUGACAGAGAAUUGGCUGCAUGCACGCCAGGGACUGUCCUGCCUGUCUGCGUCUCCCACUGGACCAGGUGAGCGCCCCCAAGAGGACCGUCAGCAUGCUCCUCGCCAUGGUGUUCAAACGUACUGUACGUCAUUCUGAAUCCGAGAGGCCAGUGGGUGAGGGGGAAAAAAGAGGACAUACAUUGGAACAUUUUACAAUGGGUUUACUACUUUUUUUCCAGAUUGCUCCUUCUACUUUGGACUCACAACUAUACAUUUCUUCAAAACCUGAAUGUAGAUUUCAAAGAAACACAAAAACAAUCUUUUGCAGUUCUAUUGUCACAACUUAAAAAAAUAUUCUGUCAUCCGUGCGGUUGAAUGACAAACCCUGUUUACAAUCCUAGCCUUUUUAUUUUGAGGACAAAACUCAUGAGAAAUCAUGAUCAAUUGCUUUCACAAGGUUGUGAACCUUCAGCCAUGUUCUCUGCUUACAUUGUGUGCUGCAAUAAGAUGUUAUUUUGAAACGAUGUUCCAUCAGAUCUGUGUUAGUGGACACAGACUGCUCAAACAUCCAAUGCCUUCCUUUACAAUGGAUACUAACAACAAGACUAAUAAAAAUUCAUAUUUAUUACAAA